AUGCAGAGCAAGAUCCUAGCUGAAUUUGCCCGAGAGUUACGACUCUCCGUGGCCCAGCUCGACUAUUCACUAAGCUUCACAGGCCUAGGAGGUCAUUCCCUCGCCGCACUUCGACUUGUGGCUGCAUGCAGGCGGUUAGGAUACACUCUGACCGUCGGUGAGCUUUUGGAAAACCGUCCGCUUCUCGAUAUCAUAUCCCGUUAUCCUCUGGCUGCGACUUCCAGCCACGAGGAUCAAGAUGGAAUCAGCCACUCAAGCCACGACAUCCCCAAAGACUCCUUCGUCAACAUCACGGUCGAUGCCAUCACACCAUCUUUACCCUCUGAUGAAUCCCUUCCAUCUCCAACGGUGGACACAACAAUAACGACCGCUGCUGUAAACACCCUCCGUGUUCCAAUCCCAGAGAUGCAACUCUCCCUCAUCCGCGGUAGUUACGCAUGCCCCGGCAACAACAUUCUGGCAUACCAUCAAAUGUGCAACGUUGCGGAACUUUCAGGACUGAGGGCUGCCUGGCAACAUGUUCUCGAAUCAGAGGAGAUCUUCACAAAAGCCUUCACGCUUGAAGACGGAACAGGCUAUCUUACCGACUCCGAUUCCACUUCAAUCAAGUGGAGAGAUAUUAUCGUCAACGACCAGGCCACGUUUACCGCCGCGCUAAUGGCAAAGCCUCGCUUUACCGACGUGGACUUUGAGUUUCGAGCAAUCACAUUGGCUGGAGACCGGAAGGCCUGUCUCCUAUGGCAUGUCCAUCACGCAUUUGUGGACGGCCUCUCUAUGACACUCCUACUGGAUAAGGUUACACGCUGCAUGGCCGGGUUACCUGUGGAACCUGGGCCUUGCUUUUCCGCCGUGGUACGGGAAAGAAAUAUGCUGAUGGAGCAGCGAGCGGACGACGCCAGGGCCUACUGGCGUUCGCAGAAGGCUGCACUGGAUAGCGCCACUGGUGAGCUGCAGCUGUACGGCUGUCACGAUUCGGACAAAGACAACACCUUCUGGAAUGGGCUGGCCACGUUUGCUGUUGAGACCUCGUCGGCUCAGCUCGACCAUUACGCACAUCAACAUCACGUCACCCUGGCUUCCAUUUAUUACGCCGCGUGGGCCUUGGUCCUCUCAAAAGUCUGUGAUUCAGACAACAUAGUCUUUGGGGCAGUGAUGUCGGGUAGAUCACUGCCCGUGGCCGGGAUUCUCGAAGUCGUGGGAACCUUGGUGAAUACUCUACCUAUCGCUGUCAGGGUUGAUGCGGACGAAAAUACUGUCUCGUUCGUCCAGAGAGUCUUUCAGCAGCUCGUUGCCCUGUCGGCCUUUGACUGGAGCGAGCCAGAGCAUGGCUACUCUCGCCAAUUCUCCUCGCUCCUGGCCUUGCAGUUCAACAUGUCUACAUCUACUACUUUAGCUCCUCAGCCCCAGUCUACGCCAUCGUCGAGGAUGAACAGUGGGAUCACUCUCAGUAUCACCAUUGAAACCGAUGGUACGAUUCAUAUCCAGUACUCGCGCAAGUACGAGCAACGACACAUCAACAUCAUCGGAAGCUAUUUCGCCAGAGCUGUUAGACUACUCACGAAUGAGCACUACUCGGUUGACAUGUGUCUGGAUGGGAUGUUAUCAUUGCCCGACAGACAAACAUUGUUCCAGUACGGGAACUGUCUCUCCGGCCUUACAACACGAGCAUCAGUACACGAGGAUCUGGUCAGCCUCACGGAACGCGCCGCUCGCGACGGUCCGACCUUGUGCGCUGUCUCUUUGGGACCCAGCUUGAUGACGUACCGCGAGCUCGAUCAGAAGAGCAACUGCGUGGCAGCACACCUUGGCAUGUAUGUCAAACGAGGCAAUGUUGUUUGCGUGCACGCAGAGCCUUCGUUCAACUGGAUUGUCGCCAUAUACGGCAUUCUCAAGGCAGGUGCGGUGUAUUGUCCGCUCAGCGCGAAGCUCGACCCGGAGCUGCGCUCGUCCAUGUUCGACGCUUCCACUGCGGAUAUCUACCUGGUCGGCCCAGCAAGCGAUACGAGACGGCGUCCGAAGCAAAGCAAGUAUUGUUGGGCUGUGGAGGACCUUCUCCAGCGACAAUCCGAAGACGGAGAAUUUGACUCGCCUCACACUCUCUGUCCGGAGGCAAACGCGUAUCUGUGCUUUACCUCGGGAUCCAGUGGCAAACCCAAGGGAGUCCUCUGUACACACCAAGGGCUGGUUGCCUUUCAACGAGACCGAGAGGUGCGGCUGCUUGCUCAGCCCGGCGUCAAGGUGGCCCAGAUCAUGUCUGUUUCCUUUGAUGGGAGCAUACACGAGAUUUUCUCUGCAUUGAGCUACGGGGCGACCUUGGUAUUGCCAGCGCCCAAGGACCCGUUUGCACACCUGCACGAGGUCGAUACGUGCAUUCUGACCCCAUCGCUGGCGGCCACUUUGGAUGCGGCCGACUAUCCCAACCUGCGAGCAGUCUACCUCGUCGGGGAGCAGGUGUCGCAAACCAUCAAUGGCCAUUGGAGCGCAAGAACUGCGGUAUACAACAUGUACGGCCCGACUGAAGCUACCUGCGGAGCCACCAUCAAGCGAUUGAUGCCGGGGGAGAAAGUCACCAUCGGACGACCGAAUCCCACGAGUCGGAUCUACAUUCUGGAUCGACAGCGACGUCUGGCACCACCUGGUCUGAUCGGGCAAAUCUAUCUCGCGGGGGUGCAGGUCUCAAACGGAUACCUCGGCCAGCCGCAGCUGACGGCCGAGCGCUUCUUUGACGAUUGCGUGUGUCGUGGGCUUGGGGAGCAGAUGUAUGCGACUGGAGACUUGGGCUACUGGACCGAAACCGGCGAGCUGGUUUGCCUUGGUCGCAAUGACCGUCAGGUCAAACUACGCGGGUUCCGACUGGAUCUAGAUGACCUUGAGACGCGCAUUGCAAAGCUGCCCGACAUUGCUGGAGCGGCGGUGACUCGCUACGAGGACGAUCUUAUCGUGAUGGUCCAGCCAGGUAGUCUCUCUCGUGCCGACUGCAAGAGACGCAUGGCGAGUGUCCUGCCUAUCCACGCCGUUCCGCGCGACGUUAUUCCCGUGGAUCGAUUUCCCAUCACGGCGGCAGGGAAACUGGACUACAAUGCAAUCGUGAAGAGCGUGCAGGGGAUGCAGGAGAGAAACCCGAAUGGUCUCCCACCGAAAAUGAGUGCCACAGAGCAACAUGUUGCGCAAAUCUGGUCGGACGUUCUGGGGGUCAAGGUAUCGGAGAUCACUACAGACGCCAAUUUCAUCGCAAUCGGCGGCAACUCCUUGCUACAGCUCAGGCUGGCCAGUCGCCUGUCCAAAGCCUUUUCAUUUUCUAUCCCACUCACUGUAAUCAUUGGCGCACUCACUUUGCACGAUUUGGCUGCCCAGAUAGAGGAGCUGCGCACAUGCCAGGCCCAGCAGGCCAUUCAUUCACCUCCACCAACUCAGGAGAACCGAGUGUCUCGGAUGGAGGCCGAGUGGUGCGCCAAAUACGAGACUGGCAGUGUCACCACGGCAUUCAACGUCUCUUUUGUGUGUCGGCUGAGAUCUUCGGUUGACAUGCAGCGCUUGGGGGACAGUUGGAAUACAGUCCUGCGCCAUCAUCCAGUCCUCAGAUCACGAUAUCGGCCUGCGGGAAUACGAUUUGAACGGGCGUAUUCCGGAGACGCUCCCCUCGCUCAAAGCCUCGCUGGGUGUGAUGUAUCGAGUGAGAUCAACCGGCCGUUUAUCAUUAGUGAAGACGACCCUAUUCGCGUGAUCAUUACGCCUGACAUGAUGGUCGUCACCGCGAGUCACAUCAUUUGCGAUCUAACGACCAUGCAAGUGCUAUUGAAACAGGUGAAGCAGAUAUACCAGGGAGCAUCAAGCCUUCCAUCGGUUCCAGAGUACAUGGCGGCCGACGCAUGGAACAGGGUAGCCUCACCAACCGAUCUGUCCUUCUGGACGACAUACCUGCAAGGUGCUCCGCGUCCGACAAGGACAAGAGCCAGCUACACAGGGCGCUCUCAGGUGUUCAGGCUUCCAGCCGAGACAGCACAAUCGAUCAGCAGGUUUUGCAAAGCAUCCCCGUUCAGCCAUCACCAACUUACCCUCGCAGCCGUGGCACUGGCACUGGCCCUUCAUUCCCAGAGCAGCGAGAUGGACAUCCUUCUGGGUGGUCCUUUUCUUAACCGUUGGUCCGAAGCCGACAUGAACACAGUCGGGCUUUUUCUCGAGCCGAUCCCCUGUCGCAUCCGUUUCAGCCCAGAACACGCAUCGGACCAAGACAUCGAUGCAGAAGCUUUCCUUCGCUCCGUUCGAUGCUCGAGCCAAACGGCUCUCGCACACGCCGUCCCCUGGCAGCAACUCCUCUGCCAUCUGGGCAUCAUGCCGGAUUUCCCCAACCACCCGCUGUUUGAGGUGAUGGUGACCUUCCACAAUCAGGAACACGCAUUGCGAUUUGGCCUCGAUGGCGCUGAACAGCUCUAUACGUGGUCGCAAGGGGCAAAGUUUGGGCUUAUGUGCGAGUUUACGGAGCUACCGAAUGGAGAGAUCUUGCUUCGGCUGGAAUACGACGACGCCCUGUGGUGUGAGGAGGAGAUUGGCAGGAUUGGAAGUGCGGUCAUUUGCGCUUUGGAGAUGUUGGUGCGCAAUGCGACGUACGCCGAGAUGGUGACUACAUUACGCACGGUGUGGCCGGAGUAUACACGGAGCCGGGAUGAUAUGUUUCUGUCAUCACUUGGGCAAGUAUGA